AUGUACAAGUUGUGGUUUUCGGGUAAUUCAAGUCAAGUUUUACAAAGGGUGAAAAGUAAAUUACAUUCUCUUCAGAUGGAAUUUAAACAACUUAUUGGAGAAAAAAGUGAAAUUCCGGCUGAUAGGCAAAGAUUAAUAUAUUCUGGUAAAGUGUUAAAAGAUAAUGAUACUCUUGAAACUUACAAGAUUGCUGAAGGACACACAGUUCACAUGGUGAAAAGUUUAGGAGCUCGUGCUUCGUCUCAAUCGCAAACAUCUCAAUCAACAACACAAUCUGAAGCAAAUACUCCUUCAACAACAAAUACUACUAAUAACCAAUCAACACAACCACAAAAUGCACCUCUUAAUCCAUUUGCAGCACUGGGUGGAUUUGGUGGAGGUGGAGGAAAUUUUGGUAUUAAUAAUCCAUAUGGUGUCCCAAAUUUAGGUGGUAAUAAUAAUGGACCAAAUAUGAAUAUGAUGAUGGAACAAGUUCUUAAUAAUCCUGCUUUGAUGCAGUAUGCUUCACAAAUGAUGCAGGAUCCUCAGUUUAUAGAUAAUAUAAUUGCAAUGAACCCACAAUUUGGUGAAAUGGCGCCCCGACUUAGACAAUUGACACAAGAUCCCGGAUUCCAAGCUUUAUUAUCAAACCCAGACACAAUUCGUUAUAUGGCAACUUUAAACCCAUCAAUGAAUCCUGGAGGUUAUGGCAUGGGUAUUCUUCUUAAUCCUGCUGCUACAAUGAAUCCUACUGGAAACCCAAACACUAAUCAGCAACAACAACAACCAUUUUUCCAAAUUGACCCAUCAUUGCUAUUUGGAUUAGGAGGUCUAGGUGUUCCACCAACAACCGCAUCCACUGUUCCACCUGAAGAAAGAUUUCAAGUUCAAUUGCAACAAUUAAAUGAUAUGGGAUUUUGGGAUGCACAGAAAAAUAUUCGUGCAUUAUUAGCUUCUGGUGGAAAUGUAAAUGCAGCUAUUGAAUAUUUACUUAAUAUUAAUGAAUGA